AUGACGCCUCUGGACUACCGCUGGGCGCACGCCGUCAACUCCAAUGCCUUGUUGACGUCGGUGCAGCGUCAGAUCCAGCUGGCGGAGCAGCGUCACUUCGCCACUUCAGACUUUGACAAUGCUAUCGAGGCCGACAUCAUCUGGAGCGAGGUCAAGGAGAUUCCCGUCAUGGGCCACCCACCUGCCACCGACGGCGACUUAUCCGUUGCACAAUUCUUGGAUGUCAUGUUGGAGCUCACUGCAAAGUUCCAGAGCUCGAUGCCAAGUAAUGAGACCCCGUUGAUCGUGAAGCUCGACUUCAAGAGCAGUCGUGCGUUCGAGGCGUCGUUAGCAAAGCUGGCCAAGUUCGUGACGCAGUUCCCGUUUAGCAAGGGCAUUUUCAUCAAUGCCGACAUAUUGCCGGGUCCUGCGAACUCGAACUUCGUGGCUUUUGACGCAGAAACGUUUUUGAAACAGGUCAAUGACCUUAGCGAGUGUGACGAUGGAAAACACCGUCACAAACUCGUGCUUUCAGUCGGGUGGACGACGGCGAACUCCAAUGAGGAAGAGAUCCAUCGCGAAUACUCUUCAGCUAUGGUUAACAAUAUGUUGCGGGUCUUAAAACCAUACGGAGAUAGCAUAAGUGUGACGUUCCCACUGCGCGCGACAAGUGUGCGCAAGUCGUGGCCAGCGUUGCGCGCGUUACUUGCGCCGAAAAACUAUGGCUUAACGCUUUGGUGGGCAAUCACUCAGAUGUCCAAUGAUGAACUAGAAUGGUUGUUUUCAACACUGGAGCUUGAGACUCACGAGGAUGUCACCGGUGUUGUAACAUACGCUGGACGAACCUUUUACGACAUCAAGGGCUUCGACAGCUUUUGGGGCAGGAGGGGAUACUCAAAGCUUCCGAAUUGA